AUGGAGAUCUUACCAACAAUACUCUGUGACAAGAAGACCAGGGAACCGUUCCUCGCAUACGCUGACAAGAUUCUACGGGCAGCCGCAAAAAGAUAUAGCAACGCGGACCGGGAUAGAGCAGCUGAAGAACAGAUCAUCAUCUCCGGUAUAGACCCAACACCCAACUCCCGGCAUAUAGAACCGCCCACCCAAGUCGGUAUGCCUAGACAAAAAAUCGAAAGCAUACUAUCAAUGGGAGAGAGUGGGAUCCCGGGACUAAGAACGAAGAGCGUGGCCCUAUACAUGGACACCCCCUAUGAAAAACUGGGGAUCAGCUUCUGCUCGAACACCGGACCGAACAGCGUAUCUAUUGCACCGGGACUGGCCUCAAUCAUAAAAGGCAACUCUGGGAGAACCGCCAUGAGGAGGAAGAAACUGGAAGCAAUAGGGGAAGUGGAAGUCGGAAACCACAAAUGCCGCUCGUCAUCAUUGUCCGAGCCCGAGUCUGAUCCGUCAUCGUUUUCAGAGCCUCCAGCGAGGUCGUCUUCCUCCUCGUCUUAG